AUGCCAGCUUUGCUGAAUUCGGACCGGAUAUGUGAAUUGACUCCUCAUUACGACUUCUACUAUUUGCGCAACACUGCUUGGACUUUCCAACUUGAUCUUGAUCCGAACAACGAUGUCUGUGGAACACAGCAAUCUAUCGACAACGACGGAGACCUGAGCGACAUUCCCACUGUCCGAGAAGAUGAGCUUCCUCCCUUCUUCGACCAUGCCACAGUGUACUGGCAGGUGGUGACCCGAGAACGCGACGACGGAGCCGGAGGAGGAGUCGGCGGAACUUUUAAUGGACAAAACGGAGCAGUUAUCAGUCGCGCUGGAUCCGCAUGGGAGGCGUCUGCUUUCUGCUACUACAACGCCUCAGACAUCGUCUCGUCUGAGUUCUCAGUCACAGCGGAGCCGGGCAUCUCCGCAAGCGGAAAGAACGAGUUCACUUACAAAAUGGAGGUUGCCAGGAGCAGUGACUUCUCCAGCUUCUACACCGGCAACGAGGUGCCGACAACUAUACUCAACUCGGACUUGAAUGUUCGGGUCACUUUCCAAGACGACACUCUUGUGAACGGAUACACUGUCGUGACGAGCGACUGCUGGGCUACCCAGACUUCGGACCCCGACGACCCUACCCGAUUUGCACUCGAAACCGACUUUUGUCCUGAUACUGACUCCACGUUCCAGCGAGUUGCCAGCCCCUCUGUUGACAUGGAGUAUUUCCAGUUCAUGGCAUUUGGAUGGUAUCUUAAUGGUGCAGUCACCACCAACACCGUCUACCUGCACUGCACUGUACUCGCCUGUCCCCCCGAAGACACCACAGCCUGCGAUCUCCCAACUUGCACUACAAAACGACAGCGACGUGCACUUGGCGCACUGGCGAAUCAUCAGUCGGCUGCUCUGAGGUCUGAACAAGAGGCCAAACUGGUGACCUCUCCCCCCAUUGUGGUGAUGAGGAGGGAAGUGGAGGAGCUGCAGAUCGCGAGGAGUCCCAUCAACAACAACUACUCCCCCUUCACCACUGCCCUGGCCUGUGUCUUCAGUGUGGGGGCUAUGCUGUCUCUGAUCGUGGUGGGGGGACUGUUCUUGUGUCGACGAAACAAGAUCCAAGCCAACUACCAAAGACUGAGCAGCGGUCCCUCCGAUAAUUUCGGAAUCUAGACUUGAGGAGAUGACGUCAUCACACGACUAACUCCGAAGCGAGUCCUCUGAAGUGUACAUAGACAUACAAUUUGAUUUUAUAAGAGAAGAAAACGAUCUAGUUGAAUAUUUCCACUCCUUGCAGAAGAAAACGGAGAAAAACGAGCUCAUUUUUUGAAACAUAUUCCGAAUUUUAAAGUCGUAAACAACAAAAUAUUUUCGUAAUAAUGGAAAUAUUUAACUAGGUCACAAAAAAGUAACGCUGUUGUAUAGAACCAACUACAAUUAUAUGAUAUCUAUCAUUCGGAAACUACUCAUCAUUUCGACAUUUCGAAAUUUACAAGAGUGAAGGUCUCGAUUAUUUUUUACCUGCUUUGUAAAUAUCAAAAAUAAAGCUUUCAUUGCUG